AUGUCAAAGCCAGCCGACCACAUCAAGAGACCCAUGAACGCCUUCAUGGUCUGGUCCCGGGGCCAGAGGAGGAAAAUGGCUCAGGAGAACCCCAAAAUGCACAACUCUGAGAUCAGCAAGAGGCUGGGAGCCGAGUGGAAGCUGCUGUCAGAGUCCGAGAAGAGGCCGUACAUCGACGAGGCCAAGCGGCUGCGAGCUCAGCACAUGAAGGAGCACCCCGACUACAAGUACAGACCGCGGCGCAAACCCAAGAACCUGCUGAAGAAGGACAGGUACGUGUUCCCUCUGCCUUACCUGGGGGACAGCGAGCACCUGAAGGGGCUCUCCGUGUCGGCCGCGGACUCCCUGAUGAGCCACUCGGAGAAGGCCCGUGCGUUCCUGCCUCCCACCAGCAGCCCGUACUCCUUCCUCGACCCCACCCAGUUCAGCACCAGUGCGAUCCAGAAGAUGACGGAGAUGCCGCAUGCGUUGAGCGCCGGCGGGCUGCCGUACGCGUCCUCGUUGGGAUACCAGAACGGUGCGUUCGGCACCCUAGGGUGCCCGAGUCAGCACACCCACACCCACCCGUCGCCCACGAACCCGGGCUACGUGGUCCCGUGUAACUGCACGGCCUGGUCCACGUCGAGUUUACAGCCCCCGGUGGCCUACAUACUGUUUCCAGGUAUGACCAAGACUGGGAUAGACCCAUAUUCAUCCGCACACGCCACCGCCAUGUAA